CCCCUCAACGGCUCAGGCUCAGAGUGCUUGGGAAGCGGGAGUCUGUAGCUGUUGAGCGGCGACUGGUCAGAGGUUAAGAUGAAAAGACAGCAGCAGCUCAAUUUAAGAGAUUUCUUUCUCAUGGGGAAGAAAAGAAAGAAAGGGAAUAAGGGAGGCUGUCAUACCAAAAACACUGGUCAGAAAGGUAGCCAGAGCAUGGGAGAGAGAGAGGCCUCAAACCAACAGAGAUCAGAUGAGGUUCAGCUGGAUAUUAACACUGGUGAAGGAGAUGCAGGGAGAGCCAGCACUGCAGACUUGCAGAAGGGAGGCUGUCAUACCAAAAACACUGGUCAGAAAGGUAGCCAGAGCAUGGGAGAGAGAGAGGCCUCAAACCAACAGCUGUCAAACCAAUACAAGGAUGACCUAAACAGAAACAUCUUCCUUUUGGCUAUCCUGAAGAACGAGAAGGAGCUUGCUGAGAUCGCCUGGAAAACGGGCACAGACAGUAUCUAUACUGCUCUGUGGGCCAGUUGGAUCCUGAAGAAGCUGGCUGAGGACAAGACCAAAGAAGAGUCAGAGGUGGAGGACAUUAAACAACUGGCUAAUGACUACGAGAAUCUUGCCAUCUGUGUGUUCAGUAGGUGCUAUAGUUCUGAUAAAGAAAAGGCCAAGUUGCUGCUGACUCGAGUCUCUCCAUUCUGGGGUGAAUUCACAUGUCUGGGAUUGGCAUUGGAGGCUGAUCACAAGAACUUCAUUGCUCAGUCUGGGGUUCAGGCAUACCUAACCCAGGUCUGGUUUGGAGAUUUGACAGUGGACAAUCCUCGGUGGAGAGUUCUGCUGUGCAUGUUUAUCUUUCCCCUCAUCUUUUCUGACUUCCUGAGUUUCAGAGCCUGUGGCUCCUGUGGCUCCUGUUGCUCACGUGGCUCCAUUGGCCCCUGUUGCUCCUGUGGCUCCUGUGGCUCCUGUGGUUCCUGUGGCUCCUGUGGCUCAUGUGGCUCCCGUUGCUCCCGUGGCUCCCGUGGCUCCCGUGGCCCCUGUUGCUCCUGUGGCCCCCGUGGCUCCUGUGGCUCCUGUGGCUCCUGUGACUCCCGUGGCUCCCGUGGCCCCUGUGGCUCCCGUGGCCCCUGUGGCUCCUGUGACUCCCAUUGCUCCAGUGGCCCGUGUUGCUCCUGUGGCCCCUUUGGCUCCUGUGGCUCCUGUGGCUCCUGUGGCCCCUGUGGCCCCUGUGGCUCCAGUUGCUCCCGUGGCUCCCGUGGCUCCCGUGGCCCCUGUUGCCCCUGUGGCCCCUGUGGCUCAUGUGGCUCAUGUGGCUCCAGUGGCUCCAGUGGCUCCCGUGGCUCCUGUUGCAAGAAGCUGGUCAGAUUCUAUGACUCUCCUCAGGUAACGUUCUAUUUCAACACCAUGCUCUACAUUGGCUUCCUGGUGCUGUUCUCUGUGGUGCUGAUUACUGACUUCCGCCGAACACCUUCCUGGUUGGAGUGGGGUCUAUAUGCCUGGAUGGGUACAUUGGUCUAUGAGGAGCUAAGACAGCUGCUCCUUGACGGGGAUACCAUUGGGUUACAAAUUAACGUUCGGAGGUACUUUCAUAACAUGUGGAACCUCCUAGACAUUCUGUCCAUCCUGAUGUUCGUCAUCGGCCUGGUCUUAAGAUGGCAAACCUCCCUGUUCUAUGAAGGGAAAGUCAUCAUCUGCUUUGACUUUAUACUUUUCUGCCUUCGUCUGAUGGCCAUAUUCGCCGCCAGUAAAACUCUGGGCCCUAAGAUCAUCCUGAUUAUCGAAAUGGUGAAGGAUAUGCUGUCCUUCAUGUUCCUGUUGAUUAUUUGGGUGGUAGCAUAUGGAGUGGCUAGGCAGAGCAUCCUCAUCAACAAUGAGGACAGACUUGACUGGAUCUUACAAGGAGUCAUCUAUAAACCCUACCUCAUUAUCUUUGGAGAGUUUGACAACGACCUUUACACUAAAACCUGCAGUGAGAAUGCAACUGACUCUACGGAGGCUAAAUGUCCUCAACUAAACGAGUUCCAUAACUGGAUCACCAUCAUCCUGCUGUGUGUCUUCCUGCUGUUAGCCAACGUACUGCUGCUCAACCUACUCAUAGCCAUCUUCAACAACACAAUUGAGAAUAUUCAGAAGAGGUCAGACACCAUCUGGAAGUUCCAGAGAUACGAGAUGAUUUUGGAGUUCUACCAUCGGCCUCCUCUUCCCCCUCCUUUCAACAUCUUCCACCUCAUCUACUGUCUGAUCUGCUGUAACAGGACAAAGUCUAACAAAACGGCCCUCAGGGUGGAGCUGGAUUAUGAAGAUAUGAAGAAGUCAUCAAACUCUUUUUGCUGUUUUGCUAACCCAGAUGACAAGUCUACUACAUAUACGACCUAUACAACCUUAUCUUUCUGGGAGAUCAAAAUGAAAGCUGAAUACCUGUACUCCAUCAAACUCCAACACAUCAGGGAAUACACCAUGACAGAUGGGGAGGAGAGAGGACUUACCUUAAUAAAAAGACAGAAGACGACGCAGGAGGACCAGGAUAAUAAGCAUAGAGAAUCCCUAUGCUUAUUUAAUAUCACUGACAUUAUAGAUAUUACACCUGUGUUAAUCAAUCAGAUCUGUAUUGACCUCAAAAUGGGAGGAGGACUUAAUGCAUUAAAGAAUAGACUGACCACACUGAAGACGAGCCUGGAGGGCCAGCUCUCCCAGAUCUGGAUUGACCUCCAAAGGCAACAACUUACUGCAUUAAAGAAUAGACUGACCAUACUGAAUACGAGCCUGGAAGGCCAGCUCUCCCAGAUCUGGAUUGACCUCCAAACGGAAAAACUUGCUGCAUUAAAGAAUAGACUGACCAUACUGAAUAUGAGCCUGGAGGACCAGCUCUCCCAGAUCAGGAUUGACCUCGAAACCCUCAAAAUGAGGGAAGAAAGACUUGCUGCAUUAAAGAAUAAACAGACCACACUGGAGACAAGCCUGGAGGGCCAGCUCUCCCAGAUCAGGAUUGACCCCAAAAUGGUAGAACUUGCAGCAUUAAUGAAUACACUGACCACACUGAAGACGAGCCUGGGAGGCCAGCUCUCCCAGAUCUGGAUUGACCCCAAAAUGGUAGAACAACUUGCUGCAUUAAUGAAUACACUGAACACACUGAAGAUGAGGCUGGAGGGCCAGCUCUCCCAGAUCUGGAUUGACCUCCAAACGGAAAAACUUGCUGCAUUAAAGAAUAGACUGACGAUUAGCCAGGAGGACCAGAUCCGGAAUUACCUCAAAACCCUCAAAAUGAGGGAAGGAGAACUUGCUGCAUUAAAUGAUAGACUGACCAAACAGGAGAUGAGCCUGGAGGGCCAGAUAACCCAGAUCCAGGACAUCCUAAACGUUUUAGAGUCAAUCGUCUAACAUGGACUCAGCAGCUUGGUUCCUCACCGUCUUACAGCUGUAUUUGGGCGUCAGAUUCAAAUCAUCAUGGGGACAGAGUUGUGGAUAUUUCUCUUUUUUGUGCUAUUUUCCCUCUUUGUCUAUGCAUUAUAAUUUUCAUCAUUGCCUUGACAUUAAAACAACAAUAAAUGUACUUGUUUUUGUAUUAUUUCUUAUAUUUUGCAUGUAACAGUGUUGAAACAUAGAUAACUGGGUGAUGGAACAACUUCUUACCAUAUCCCCUGGGUACCUUUUCUAUAUUCAUGUCAACCAUGAAAUAAAAAAUAUAGUUAGAAAAUUAGGAACAUCCAUAGUAUGUUUAAAAUAGAAUUAACAUCGUUUUUUGUAAUUUUGAUUACUGUGCAAACAUGAACAAUAAAUGUGUUUACAUC